CACUGUUCAGUCUCAUCCACAGAGUGAACCGGAGAGCCCAGUCAGUAAAGCCACGCUACUUUUUCAUUUCAAAGUGAUCGAGCUUUUACGGUCAAUACAAGUGUGCAGUAUACAAUACACAACGAGAGAGAGAGAGAGAGAGAGAGAGAGCGAAGGAGAGGGAAAAUCAGUUGCAGAGAAGAAGGAAUAGCCAUUGGAUCUGAUCGAGUCCUCCGAUCCGAUCGCAGAUGACGAUUUCGAGUUCCAAUUUUUUCUCCUUUUUCGAGCACAGGAGGGAUGCCUAUGGAUUUGCUGUGAGACCUCAACACCUUCAAAGAUAUAGAGAGUAUGCUAAUAUCUAUGAGGAAGAGGAGGAAGAAAGAUCAGAAAAGUGGAGAAGUUUUCUUGACCAGCAAUCACAGUCUGUUCAACUGUGCUCAUCUGAGGAGGAAAGUAACAACAGGCUGAGUGCUGAAAUUACUGAGCAGAAAGCAGAGCCUGGUCCACAGUUGAGUGGGGGUGGGGAGCCUGCUUUUGAUAUUCAGACAGAGAGUGAUCCCAAGAAGGACGUACAGGUGGCAACAAAAACAAAAAACUGUGAGGUGCAAACAUGGGCUGAAAUUAGGCCAUCACUUCAUGCCAUUGAGCUUAUGAUGAGUUCCCGUGGCAAGAAGAGAAAAAACAUGAAAGAUGAGCACAUAACCACUUCUCAAAAUCAUCUCCCAUCAAUUGAAGAGGCGAGAACUUCAAGACAGGAAUCUGAGGAGAACUUUGAGGAAGAGUUUUAUGAUAAUGAGAUAGUAGAUGACAGUGUGAAUACACCUGCAGAAGGAACUGCUACUAAUGAUGGAGUCUCUCUGGAACCUUUCUUCCCUUGGAAACAAGAACUAGAGUUCCUUGUUCAUGGGGGAGUACCAAGGGAGCUCAGGGGCGAGGUAUGGCAAGCCUUUGUUGGUGUGAGAACAUGCAGGGUGGAGGGAUAUUACCAGAAUUUGCUAGCUGCAGAAAAUGAUUCCAAUGAUAUGCGGGAGGAUGAUAAAUCAUGCAAUAGUAAUAAGGGGCCCAAUGGAGAGAGAGUUGGUGUACCUCAGAAAUUGAGACGGCAGAUUGAGAAGGAUUUGCCUCGAACUUUUCCAGGUCAUCCUGCAUUGGAUGAGGAUGGUAAGAAUUCCUUGAGACGUCUACUUUUAGCAUAUGCUCGACAUAACCCCUCUGUUGGGUAUUGUCAGGCAAUGAACUUCUUUGCUGGCUUAUUACUGCUGAUGAUGCCUGAAGAAAACGCCUUUUGGACUUUGGUGGGUGUUCUUGAUGACUAUUUUGAUGGCUACUACUCAGAGGAAAUGAUAGAAUCUCAGGUGGACCAACUUGUUUUUGAGGAAUUGAUGCGUGAAAGAUUUCCUAAACUGGUCAAGCAUCUGGAUUACCUGGGAGUGCAGGUUGCAUGGAUUUCUGGACCUUGGUUCCUUUCAAUCUUUGUGAAUAUGCUUCCAUGGGAAAGUGUUCUUAGAAUUUGGGAUGUGCUUCUAUUCGAAGGAAAUCGUGUUAUGAUUUUUCGAGCUGCGCUUUCUUUAAUGGAGUUAUAUGGUCCUGCUUUAGUUACAACUAGGGAUGCUGGCGAUGCCAUUUCUUUAUUACAGUCCCUAGCUGGUUCUACAUUUGAUAGCAGUCAGCUUGUUUUGACUGCUUGCAUGGGUUUCUUGGCUGUAACUGAAGAUAGAUUGCAAGAGCUGAGAGAAAAGUAUCGACCAGAUGUGCUAGAAGCAGUUGAGGAAAGAUCAAAAGGGCAAGUUUCAAAGGAUUCCAAGGGCCUUGCAGCAAAGCUAUAUAGUUUCAAGCAUGACCGUGGGACAACAAUUAUGGAAACAAAUGCAAAAGUGGAAUCUGGUGAUAAGCUAAUAGAUGGGAAUAUUUCUCAUUUAGAGUCUCGUUCUGCUAAUAUGGAUGACUUUCUUAGUGGUCUAACCAUCAAUUUAGAAUCAAAUUCUCCUCUGGAUCUUCAAGAACAGGUGGUUUGGUUGAAGGUCGAGUUGUGCAGGUUGCUGGAGGAGAAGAGAUCUGGUACACUAAGAGCUGAGGAGUUGGAAACAGCACUAAUGGAGAUGGUAAAGCAAGAUAAUCGACGGCAAUUGAGUGCAAGGGUUGAGCAGUUGGAGCAAGAGGUUGCUGAUCUACGACAAGCCCUUGCAGACAAGAAAGAACAGGAAAACGCAAUGCUUCAGGUCCUGAUGCGUGUUGAACAAGAACAGAAGCUAACUGAAGAUGCUCGAGUCUUUGCUGAGCAAGAUGCAGCUGCUCAGAGAUAUGUAGUGCAUGUGCUUCAGGAAAAACAUGAAAAGACUAUGGCUUUGCUUGCUCAAAUGGAGAAGAGGGUAAUAGCGGCAGAAUCAAUGUUGGAGGGUACGUUGCAAUAUGGUCAUGGCCAAGUUAAAGCACAAUCUUCCCCACGAAUGCUUUGUAGGUCUAUGCAUCCAGAUUCUCCAAGGGAAGUUCCCACCAGAAAGAUAGGCCUACUCUCAUUUGGACUUAGUUGGCGUGACAGGAACAAGGGGAAACCAACUAAUAUUGAGGAGCCCGGUCUGAGCAAAUUGACCAGUGAGGGUAUGUCUCCGAGUAUUAGGCCAAGUGAAACUAAUAGCCAACAAGAUCAGGAAAACUAAUGGGAAUCGGGGAGGUACUUUAUUAGAGGAAUAAGAUCAUUUGAAGAUGGACCAUGCUGCUUCAAGACUAGAUGCCUUGCACUGUGUACAUGUUCUGGUAAAUAACUGCGCAGCGUUCUUUUUGUACUUGUACCCUUGAAAUUUUGAGUAUUUGUGUCGGUUGUUUGUACCAACCUCAUUUUGAGGAGCCAGUGACCUUUUUUUCUCUUCCUCCUGUACCUUAUUGAAUAAAACACGUAUUUUUUUUAUAUUUAUUUUUGUUCAUUGAUAUAUGCAGCUAGUUGAUGGACAAAGAAUUAUUUAUUUUUUAAAAAUGUUUUCGAUCAAUAAGAUUCUCUUUUGGUUACCAAGA